AUGGGUGAUGAUCAGGGAGAAACACCCAAACAUGCUGCUGCAGUAAGGGAUGAUCAGACGCCCAAAAGCCUAGCCCCACUUCCAUUGCCAAGUACUGAAAGUUCAAACAUUGCAGAAACUGACGCAAGACCACCAAGGCGUGAAGARCUUCUCUUUCAUAAGAUCUUGUAUCAGAGUGAUGUAGGCCGCUUCAACAGGCUUGUCAUCCCAAGACAUCUGGCUGAGGCCCAUUUUCCUUCUCUGAAGAAUGGAAGUAAUGGAUAUAACAAGGAGAUGCUACAGCUCGCUGACAGACAAAAUCGAACAUGGGAGGUGAAAUUUGAGUACUGCCCCAGGAGUCAAAGCUACUCGUUCACUAAGGGAUGGAAGAAUUUUGUGAAAGGCCACAAGUUGCAGAAGGACUGUAAGCUCUGUUUCUAUAAAAUUUUCCCGCAGAUGAAUGCCAACCAUUAUGUUGUCGACUAUGAGAAUCCCGCCCCUGAUCAGACAAGCAGAUUGUCUGAUCAAGACAACACACGCAAGAUGAGGUAUGUUCGUAGUGGUCCUAAUGUUGCUAGGAGUAGACGUCCUCAUGGUGAUAAACAUGAAGAACCACCGAGAAAGAUACUAAGAUUGCUUGGUAAAGACAUCAUAUGCAGUCAUCAGAAUGCUGCCAACGGUGAUAAUGCCGAAGAUGGUGGCCGGACUUAA